UUUCUCUUCUUGCUCUCUCUAUACCGUCAGCUUAGCACCGCCAUGAACGCCGUAGCGACCGCGGUAGCUCUCUCUCUGCCCAUUUCUUCUUGUAGAUCAGCCAAGCUUGAUCCCAAAAAGGGUUUAAAAGGAAGAUUUAGAGUGUUCGCCGUAUUUGAGGAGGAUCUAUGUAAGAAAAAUGCAUGGGGUGCGCUCUUUGAUGUAGAGGAUCCAAGAUCUAAAGUUCCUCAGUAUAAAGGAAAGUUUUUGGAUAUAUAUCAAGCCCUAGAAGUGGCUAGAUAUGAUAUUCAGUACUGUGAUUGGCGGGCUCGUCAAGAUGUGCUUACCAUUAUGCUCCUCCACGAAAAGGUGGUUGACGUCCUUAAUCCCCUAGCUCGUGACUUUAAGUCAAUCGGCACCAUGAAGAAAGAGUUAGCAGAUUUGCAGGGAGAAUUAGCACAAGCACAUAGACAGGUUCAUAUAUCUGAAGCAAGGGUUUCUACUGCUUUAGAUAAACUAGCUCACAUGGAAGCAUUGGUGAAUGAUAGGCUUUUGCAAGGCGAUUGUACGACCCAAGUUGACCAGACUUCCUCAUCUCCUAGUACUUCUGCGCCAUCUGUUGAUACUAACAAAGGAAAACUGCCUCGGAGGAGCUUGAAUGUAUCAGGUCCAGUUCAAUCCUACCAUCCCCAAUUGAAGAAUUUCUGGUACCCCGUUGCUUUCUCCAAUGACCUGAAAGAUGAUGUUAUGAUCCCAAUUGAAUGUUUUGAGGAACCAUGGGUUAUCUUUAGAGGGAAAGAUGGGAAACCUGGAUGCGUCCAGAAUACGUGUGCACACAGAGCAUGCCCCCUACACCUUGGUUCUGUGACUGAGGGUCGUAUCCAGUGCCCCUAUCAUGGCUGGGAGUAUUCAACUGAUGGAAAAUGUGAGAAAAUGCCAUCAACUCGGCAGUUAAAUGUAAAGAUCAAAUCAUUGCCAUGUUUUGAGCAAGAGGGGAUGAUCUGGAUUUGGCCUGGCAGUGACCCUCCAAGAUCAUCGCUUCCGUCAUUACUACCUCCAUCAGGGUUUGAAAUACAUGCUGAGAUUGUCAUGGAACUUCCUAUAGAACAUGGGCUACUUUUGGACAACCUUUUGGACCUUGCACAUGCUCCUUUUACUCACACUUCAACUUUUGCUAAGGGAUGGAGCGUUCCCAGCUUGGUAAAAUUUUUCACACCUGCGUCUGGCUUAAAAGGGUCCUGGGACCCUUAUCCAAUUGAUAUGGAAUUUCGACCGCCUUGCAUGGUUCUAUCAACAAUUGGAAUUUCAAAACCUGGGAGGCUGGAGGGACAGAACACGCAGCAGUGUGCCACACACCUGCACCAACUUCAUGUCUGCUUACCAUCGUCAAAGCAAAAAACAAGAUUACUAUACAGAAUGUCUCUUGAUUUUGCUCCUCUGCUUAAGCACGUGCCUUUUAUGCAGUAUCUAUGGAGACAUUUUGCACAACAGGUUUUAAAUGAGGAUCUGCGCCUAGUUGAAGGGCAGCAGGAACGGAUGAACAAAGGUGCUAACGUCUGGAACUUUCCGGUGUCAUAUGACAAGCUCGGGGUAAGGUACAGGCUAUGGAGAGAUGCCUUGGAGCGAGGAGCUAAGCAACUACCAUUCAGCAAGUAGAAUUUAUACGUGACAACUGCACAGUUAAGAGUUAAUGAUGCUUUUUGGGGACAACCAGGAUUUAUACUUUGCCCCAGACUUUCUUGCAAUUAACCUUGCGUCGGUUCCUAAAGCCACACCUGAUAGGCCAUGGGAGAGCUGUCGAAAUGAUCGGAAUCUUCUUUGUCAACCAACAGAAGCUGUGCACUUUUAUUAUUUUUGUGUACAGUGUCAACUCCAUUGUUUUCUGUGUAUUUUUUUUUCCUCUCAUUUUGAUAUCUCCACCAUCUCAACUGGUGGCUUAACCCCAUCUUGUAUCAAUGGCGGCUCUUGUAUGAUGUAACUGGUGUUCAAUAAUAUUUCGAAGUUUAUUAUUCCUUUGGAA